AUGUGUAGAUCACUGCGUUACUGUGUUAGUCACUGUCUCUAUGCAGCAAUGACAAGAUUGGAAGAAGCAAAUAGAGAAGUGAACAUGCAUUCAUCAGUCCGAUAUCUUGGCUAUUUAGCCAGGAUCAACUUAUUGGUUGCUAUAUGUCUGGGCCUUUAUGUCAGGUGGGAGAAGACUGCAGAUGCACUAAUACUGGUAAUCUUUAUCCUGGGACUUUUUGUUCUUGGAAUUGCCAGCAUACUUUAUUAUUAUUUUUCAAUGGAAGCAGCGAGUUUGUCUCUCUCCAAUCUUUGGUUUGGAUUCUUGCUUGGCCUCCUCUGUUUUCUUGAUAAUUCGUCUUUUAAAAGCGAUGUGAAAGAAGAAGCAACCAAAUACUUGCUCCUUACUUCCAUAGUUAUAAGGAUAUUGUAUGCUUUGGUGGAGAGGAUUUGCGGCUGUGUCCAUCAUCGACCGACUCUGCUGACAACAGUUGAAUUUCUGGAGCUGGUUGGAUUUGCCAUUGCAAGCACAACUAUGUUGGUUGAAAAAUCCAUAAGUAUCAUCUUGUUAGUUGUGGCUUUGGCCAUGCUGAUUAUUGACUUGCGGAUGAAGUCUUUCUUGGCAAUUCCAAAUUUGGCAAUUUUUGGAGCUCUAGCAUCUUUAUUGUUUUUUCCGUCCCUCAACAUUCCCACAAACCCAUUUGCCUUGUCCUGUUUCUUUAGUUGCCUGAUUUCAGACCCUCUUCUUGAUGUCUACUUCAGUGGACUUUCAGUUACUGAACGAUGGAAGCCCUAUUUGUACCGCGGUAGAAUUUGCAGAAGGCUUUCGGUUAUCUCUGUUGGAGUAAUUGAACUUAUCUUUUUUGUUCUAGCAGCAUUUAAAUUAGGCGACUUGGGUCUCUGGUACUUUAUUAUACCUGGUUUUUCCAUUUUUGGAAUUUUCUGGAUGAUCUGCCACAUUAUUUUUCUUAUAACUCUUUGGGGAUUUCAUACAAAAUUAAAUGACUGCCAUAAAGUCUAUUAUACCCACAGGGCAGAGAAUAAUAGCCUUGAUCGUGUCAUGGCUUCUAAAGGAAUGCGUCAUUUUUGUUUAAUUUCAGAGCAACUAGUAUUUUUCAGUCUCCUUGCAACUGCAGUUUUGGGUUCAGUAACUUGGCAGCCAAAGAAUGGGAUCUUUAUGAGUGUGUUUCUGAUUGUUUUACCUCUGGAGUCUAUGGCUCAUGGGCUUUUCCAUGAACUGGGGAACUGCUUGGGAGGAACAUGUGUGGGAUAUGCUGUUGUGAUUCCCACCAACUUCUGCAGUCCUGAUGGCCAACCAACACUUCUUCCACCUGAGCAUGUGCAAGAGUUAAAUUUGAGGUCUACAGGCAUGCUCAAUACCAUCCAGACGUUUUUUGCCUAUCACAUGAUUGAAACAUAUGGCUGUGAUUAUUCUACAAGUGGACUUUCUUUUGAUACACUUCAUUCUAAGCUGAAAUCUUUUCUUGAACUUCGGACUGCAGAUGGACCCAGACAUGAUACUUACGUUUUGUAUUACAGUGGUCAUUCCCACGGCACUGGUGAAUGGGCACUAGCAGGUGGCGAUGCAUUACGGCUUGAUACUCUUUUGGAAUGGUGGAGAGAGAAGAAUGGUUCCUUUUGUUCACGACUUAUAAUUGUGUUGGACUGUGAGAACUCCCAGCCUUGGGUUAAAGAAGUAAGAAAAGUAAAUGAUCUUUAUAUUGCAGUACAAGGAGCGGAAUUUGCCAAGGUGCUAGAUAUUGAGGAAUCAGACCCACCACGACUUGGUGACUUUACCAGAGAAUGGGUCGAAUACAAUUGUAAUCCUGACAGUAACAUCAGCUGGUCUGAAAAGGGCCGUGCAGUGAAAGCACUGUAUGGUGUGUCAAAACGCUGGAGUGACUAUACUCUGCAUUUGCCAACAGGAAGUGACGUUGCCAAACACUGGAUGAUGUACUUCCCUCGUAUUACCUAUCCAUUGGUGCAUCUGGCAAACUGGUUUUGUGGUCUCAAUCUGUUCUGGUUGUGUAAAGCUUGUUUUAGAUGUUUGAAAAGAUUAAAAAUGAGUUGGUUUCUUCCCACAGUGCUGGACACAGGACAAGGCUUCAAACUUGUCAAAUCGUAAUUAAGAACCAAAGAUAAAUAGAAAUGAGAUGUCUGGGAAAUUUCUCACUCUAAAAUUCGAUUGUCUUACGGCUUUUUUUAUAUGUAACAGUUUGUGGAGGAAGCCUUACUACUUCAUCUCUUUGAGUAAUUACAGUAUAUGCAAAGGGUUGGAAGUUUCAUGCUAAACUAGGAUAGGAUUGUAAUGUUUGAAUUUUGUUACCAAAUUAUAUAUAAUUUAUUAAAUAUGGCCAUGCACUUUGGAGAUAGUUUGCAUGUUCAUAUGUGUUAAGCAGAAAGCUGCCUGUGUUCAGAACUAACUAAUAACAGGUUUUGAUAAGCUUUGGCGUAUAUAAUGAUACUUAGCAGUUACAUCCCUCUCAGACUUCAAAUAUAGGAAGAGAAACAAGCCAAUGUUCAAAUCUCUUAAAAUUAUGCCAUCACAUUUCUAUGAUAGUUUUCAGGGUAUUAUAGAACAGAUUCAAACAUUUAAAAACUCAAGAAACACUUUAGGCAAGUAGUUGCAAAAAUAUUUAGAUUUGUUUACAUUAACAUUCCCAAUCCCUGCCUGAAGCUUCAGUUGAUCACAAUACGGGUUGCCCUUGUGGACCUAGGGCAUUAAAAGGAACUUUUAGAACAUUUUGUGGCACUAACUAUGUUGUUGACAGCCAAGAAAGAGAGGUUUUCAAAUGUGGUUUUUAAAAUGUUCAAUAUUUUUUCAAAAUAAAUUUGGUCUCUUUCAGGGAUAUUUUUUUAAAAGGAGGUAAUAUGUAUAAAGCAUAAUAAAUGUGCCAAAAGCUUUGUGGGGAUGGUUCUGUCCCAUCAGAUCUAGUGGUCUUCCAUCAAUUUGACUUUCGAAUUAUUCCCUCUGCAUAAGAACUCAAAAUAAAGGAAGCUACUUAGAAAUUAUUCAGAGUUUUACAUAUAGAAAUGAUGUAUGAAUAACAAAAUGGGAAGUAUGGAAGUAACCUUGCCCCAAGGUUUCUUACCGGAAAAUCUUGGCUUUGUUUAGGACCCUAGUCCUGUGUAGUGUUGAGUGUAGGUUUGGACCGAGGGAUUGUCUGUUUCUUAACCUGAAACCAAGGAGUUUGGCAGAGAGAUUACUUCCCUGUUGUUGGUGAGUGAAACAUCUGAGCCCCGAGUAUCCCUCUUUUCAGAGGACCUACCUGUCAGUACUGCUUCUUCUGUCUGAGAUGUUUGUCGGUUAACAUGAGGUGAGAUUCCGUGAAAGGGCAGAACUCUCUGCCACCACAGUAUUCUUAGCCCCUCUUUACCUGAAGUGCAGGAAAUCAAGAGUUGUAGGCUGCUGGGUGGAUCCGCUUAAUCAUUCAUUCCCCAGCAUUUUUGUCAAAAUCCAAGCUACUUUAUAAAUAAGACAUUAGGCAAAGAAGUUGCCUGAAAUGUAAUAUUGAUUUAAACAUCUGAAAACAGCAUUAUGAGCUCUGUAGCUCUUUGACUUCUGAGGGCUCGUAGCCUGCUGGGUUUUCUAACUUAAUGGUCAACUCAUUUAAAUAAUCUGCCAGUUUGUUGCAUAUUCAUUUGUAAACCCUAUAAGAGAGGAAAUAUUCUAGUAAUAAUUACUGGACACACCAGCAAUCACAGUAACUCAUUGUUCCUUCAAACUGUAAAGCCCAGUUUGUUAAAUUCACUGGCAAGUUGGGGCUCCUUCCCUAAAUUUCCUUUAUCAUCCUUUGUUGUGCAAAUUAGUUUAGCAAGAAAAAUCACCAUUUCCUCCUUGUUACAAAAAGGUGGGGUAAUUUAAUGUGGGUGAGGGAUAAAUCAAAUCAUAUAAACUAUCAAAUUCAUUCCAUUCAGCUGCCUGAAAUGAAUUCCUGAGAUAAUGAGAACUAAGAAAUUCCAAAGAGUAAACAAUACAACAGCAGACAACUGAGUUCCAAAAAAACAGGAAGCACUGUCUUGACCUUACAGGUCUAGUUUACACACGUAUUUUUCAGCUAUUUCUAAGUGGCAAACCUCAGGACGAGAUCUUCAAACAUGUAAUUAUUAGCCUUGGUAAAAUGAUGAUUAUUUUGGCUGCAGUUUUGGUAACAAUCGCUUUGGUUGCAAUAAUGAACUGCUCCAUCUAGAUGGCUCGUGGUACCCAGACAAAAGACUAUGUAAUGGCAGAUUUAAACGUAUUAAUUAUGUAUCUUUAAAUUCCCAUUAUUAAGACAUGGCAAUUACAACACAAACAUUUCCAAGUCAAGAAAUUAGAACAUUGCAGUUUAACAAAACAUAAACAUAAAUCUGGAAAUAUUGUUGAUUUCAUCACCAGCCUUGACUCUUAUCCAUUAUGGACUGAUGAGAGAUCCUUUAAUCUCUAGUUGCAAUUGGAAAAAAUGUGUUUAUAUGAACUAUAUCAUUAUAUAUCAUUAUCAGUAUAUUCUUCUGUUCUACAAUGAACUGGCUUUCAUCCUUGUAACCAGAAUUGGAGCCCAUCAUUGGAGAAUGUACUGGAAGUCUGUGGCCAUAUGUUGAUAUUUUGUCUGCCUAUGAAAAUGUGAGCUCUCUGAUCUAUGCUGGAAGCAUGAAUGGCCUAAUGUGGGAAAGCCAGUGUAUAGUACAAUGAUGGGAAGGGACAGAGGGUAAUAUGCCAAAUAAUGUCUGCUGGGGCAUGUACCGGAAGGCAAAGGAAGGGCUGAGCCUUCUGCCUCUUAGUGGGUGGGUUUACAGUUACCUGUUGGGUUAUCACUAGGAUAGUGGGGAUGGUCUUCAGCUUGUAGCUGAAAAAUAGAUACAGGAUGGAUGCAAUUGAUCAAGAAGGCAAAGGUAAAGUUGGUGUUUGGAAACUUAACUGAGUGUCUCUAGAUUUUUCCCAUGUGUUUUAACUACAAUAUUCUAAUUUCCUCAGUUUCAGUUACCCAUGUUUUAAUUUGAACUCAAAAGUCCCUCACUUUCAGUCUUUUAAAAAUGACAAUAGUAUUCUAAUAAUGCAGUUUUAAAUGUAAAGAUUUGUUUAUAGCCAUAUUAACUAGGCUUUUUGUCUGGAAUCUUCAUUUCUUAUUGUCCAAAAGAACAUGUUGACUGUUUGUUUAUAAUUAAACAAUAUCCAUAGGGGUAGGGAGCUUUCAGAACUCAAACACAUUAAUUCUGAGUGGCACUAACUUCCAAGUCCCAUUGCCUAGCAGCACCAAUGACUGAAGAACUCCUUAGUGAACCAUACAUCUGUGGCUGGCUCUCUGUACAGGUGCCACAAUUGGCAGGUGCAGCUGGAAUUCUCUAGAGGUGUUGUGGCAUCCGCUCAAUUAUAGGGCCAUGCCCUAACUUACAUGUGGCUGCAAACCCGUCUGGAGCAGAUAAUACAUCAGAAAUUGCAUGAGGCAAUGACUUACCCCUAAGAUUGGUCAGGAAUAGACAGGCAAAAAUGGUACCUCAAGUUAUUGUUUUAUUGACAGAUAGUGGAGCAUAGACUAUGUGGGACACUCCUGUGGAACUGUGACCUGCUUACUGUUAAGCAGAAGUAAUUUUAGGAACAUCUGCAAUUGUAAGUCUUAGACCUGCUAUAGGAUGCAUGGAACCAGACCUCUUUGAGAGUCAUAAAUGAAACUCUGCCCAAAGUAAUCCUGGUGCAUGGUUGGGGCUGUAUUUGAAUCUUGAUGCCAUCAGAUGCUGUUUAAAUCUGAUAUUAAAGAGUAUCACGUGAGCAAAUGCUUAGGAAGGAGCAAUAUGGAGCCAGAAGGUGACUCAAGAUUCACAGGUACUUCUCACUUUAUCUUUAGCAACUCAUUCAAUAAGCGUGUAUUUUUAUCACAGCUGUGGACUCACUUUAUAUUGGCUUGGUUUACAUUUGUUACCACCUUUAUAGGACAUGACUUGCUAAAACAUACAGAUGCACUGACUCCUGAUGACAAUGUCUUGAAAUGGAAUAAGUGUUGCCAAUAUUCAGUGAUGCUUUUCUCUGACUAAAUGCAGGAUGAAUCCAUUUCCUUUUUUUUAAUUUUUGCACUAUCACUUAUUUACUCCCACUUCUUUGUGCUUUGGUGGUUUUGGUUUUGGUUUUGGUUUUGUCUUGUCUUCAGUUAAAAUAUGUCCUAGGAUUUUUAUUAUUAUUAUUUCGCUUUCCUUCAGUUUGCAAGGUGAUAAUAUAACAGUGUGUUAAACCUGAGUGCUUGGAAGGCAUUUUCUGUUUGUUGCCUGCAGUGGAUAGCAUAAUUGGGUGAAAUUCCUUGUUUAUAAAUAAUGUUAGAAUGUUUGUUUAUGGAGAUUUUUUUUAAUUAUAUGGUUUAGAUUCUGUAAAUGAAUAUUUGUGUUGUAAUAGUAUUACUCAAAUAUAUUUUGCUAUUUUGGGUGCUCA